AUGCCAUUGUUAUUGGCUGCUACAUAUUCAUAUCAUUUGUCUGCAACAGUUAGUGUAGUACUUCGUACUGGCAAGAAGCCCCUUGGCAUUACCAAAUCCCAGAACCACCAUGCCAAAGAGCUGGCUCCGUCACAAGACUCCCGUAAGACCCUAGCCAGUGACAUCGGUGUGAAUGGGCCGAGAGGGUAUAGUAAGGAUGAGUGUGAAGUGUAUCCAAAUAAGAUCUUUUGGCUAUUAGUAUGCCGGCUCGAGGAACCUGUCUGCGAGGUAAAGGAACACUAA